ACAUUGGGUCCACCCCCAGGGCACAGGCUGUAGCUCAUUCUGACCACUGCUUCUCUCCCAGGAAUCACUUCUAAAGGGUUUUUAAACUUUUUUUGGGGGGGGGUUACCUUUACUCUCAAGUUUAAGCAACACAAAAUGGCACCAAAGAAGGACGUAAAGAAACCAGCAGCAGCCGCAGCACCAGCACCAGCACCCGCCCCAGCACCAGCACCGGCGCCCGCUAAACCCAAAGAGCCAGCAAUUGAUCUCAAGAGCAUCAAGAUCGAGUUCUCCAAGGAGCAACAGGAUGACUUCAAGGAGGCCUUCCUCCUCUUUGACAGGACUGGUGAUGCCAAGAUCACCCUGAGCCAGGUCGGUGACAUCGUCCGGGCGCUGGGGCAGAACCCCACAAAUGCUGAGAUCAACAAGAUCCUGGGCAACCCCAGCAAAGAGGAGAUGAAUGCCAAGAAAAUUACUUUUGAAGAGUUCCUGCCCAUGCUGCAAGCAGCUGCUAACAACAAGGACCAGGGUACCUAUGAAGACUUCGUUGAAGGUCUGCGUGUUUUUGACAAGGAAGGCAAUGGCACAGUCAUGGGGGCUGAACUCCGUCACGUACUGGCUACGCUGGGCGAGAAGAUGACAGAAGAGGAAGUAGAUGAACUGAUGAAAGGUCAGGAAGACUCCAACGGCUGCAUCAACUAUGAGGCAUUUGUAAAGCACAUCUUGUCUGUCUAAGUGGACAUCCCCAGAUAUGAAAUGAACAAGUCAAAUUCGGAAAGACCAGAUGGCACCUAAGAUCUGCCCAAGUGAAAUUCGUGCUCUGGCAGGCACCAUCAACAUGGAAACUGCAGAGGACUGGACGACGUGCCUCUAAGCCCACUAAUCUCUACCAGUGCAUCCACAGGUAUUGCCUCUGGGUCACUACACUUCCAAAAACUGAACUUUCAUCAGGGUAAGCAAGAUGGAAAAGCUGCUACCAUCCAGCAUUCAUCCAUCCCAAGCAUCUCUUUCCAUGUUGUUUCCCAUGAAGCAAUGUAAUCCAUUGGAAAAUUAAAGCAUCAAUAAAACCCUGUGGUCACUUUG